UGGAGCAGGCAGGACGUUGACUAGAUGUUGCUUCCGCAGUAAACAGACAUGCAGGAGAAAGGCGAGAAGUGGAGAAUAAGUUGCGUGAUGUCUGUGUUGUAGGAGAAGCUGAUCCAAGGAGGCAGCGGACAUGGCUGCUGCUGCUGCUGCUGCUGCUGCUGCUUCAUUCCUCUUUGCAGUCAGCAUGCUGCUUACAGCUCUCUGUGGAAGUUUGGUCUCUGGAGCAAGAUCUUUCUCCAUAGACUACAAGAACCACUGCUUCCUUAAAGAUGGGAAGCCCUUUCAGUACAUCUCGGGUAGCAUCCACUACUCCAGGAUCCCACAGUAUUACUGGAAAGACCGCCUGGCCAAGAUGUACAUGACUGGACUCAAUGCCAUCCAAGUAUACGUCCCCUGGAACUUCCAUGAAGCAGUGCAGGGAGUCCACAACUUCACGGGAGACAGAGAUUUGGAGCAUUUUCUGAACCUGGCCAACCAGACAGGCCUCCUGGUCAUCCUGCGUCCAGGACCGUACAUCUGUGCAGAAUGGGAAAUGGGUGGAUUACCAGCUUGGCUUCUUCAAAAACCAAAUAUCAUGCUCCGCUCAGCAGACACAGAUUAUUUGGAAGCAGUCAGCAGCUGGCUUGCUAUCCUCCUCCCCAAAAUUAAACCUUGGCUCUACAUCAAUGGUGGUAACAUCAUCACCGUCCAGGUUGAGAAUGAGUAUGGAAGCUACUUUGCCUGUGACUACAACUACAUGCGGCACCUUCGAACCCUGUUCCGCUUCUUCCUGGGCGAGGAAGUCGUUCUCUUCACCACUGACGGAAACACAGACAAGGAGAUGAAAUGUGGCACAUUGGAUGGGUUGUACGCCACGGUGGACUUUGGCACAGACACCAACGUAACUGUUGCCUUCAGCCGCCAGAGACGAUUCGAGCCACAAGGACCCCUGGUGAACUCGGAGUUCUACACAGGCUGGCUGGACCACUGGGGAGACCAGCAUGCCGUGGUUGGUGCUCAGAAGGUCAGCAGGGUGCUUGGAGAAAUGCUAACCAUGGGGGCCAGCGUCAACAUGUACAUGUUUGAAGGAGGAACUAACUUUGGCUACUGGAACGGUGCCGAUCAUGACACCAGGUUUCGCUCUGUGGUAACAAGUUACGACUACGACGCCCCGCUGACUGAGGCUGGAGACCCCACAGAGAAGCUGUUCGCUAUAAGAGACGUCAUAAAACAGUUUAGAGAGGUCCCCUCCGGUCCAAUGCCACCAGCAACUCCUAAGUUUGCCUAUGGCUUUGUCACGCUGGAAAAGGUUGGAAACCUUAGCAGUUUGCUUGGCACGAUUUCUCCUCUUGGGCCAGUCCAAUCCAAGUAUCCUCUGACGUUCGAAGAGCUGAAACAGUACUAUGGGUACGUGCUGUACCGGACCACGCUGCCCCGGGACCUCUCGGAGCCCACGCCACUUAUAACUCCGCUGAAUGGAGUUCAUGACCGUGCAUAUGUGUCAGUCAAUGGGGUCUUCCAGGGGUUGUUGCAGAGAGAUACCGUUCUAGUGAUGAACCUAACGGGACGUCAGGGGGACACGCUGGAUAUUCUUGUUGAAAACAUGGGCAGAGUUAACUUUGGCAGCAAGAUCAAUGACUAUAAGGGCCUGGUGAGCAAUUUGAUCUUGGGUAAAGACAUCCUGACAGACUGGAAGGUCUACCCACUGGACAUCGAUGGAGCCAUUUCUAGAGGCUGGCCUCAUUCAAACAGUCGGAAGUCUGUCCCUUCCCCACAAAGAGGACCUUCGGUUGGACCGACCAUCUACAUGGGGACCUUAGAAGCUAACGGGCUAGCAUGGGACACUUUCCUCAGGCUCAAUGAAUGGACAAAGGGCCAGGUUUGGAUUAAUGGGGUGAAUUUGGGACGAUACUGGCCGGCGCGGGGGCCACAGCAGACCCUGUAUGUCCCCGGACCCCUGCUCAGCACCAGCCUGCCCAACAACAUCACACUGCUGGAGCUGGAGGGAGCCCCAGCACACCGGCGAGUUGUCUUUAUGGACCGGCCUCAGCUCAACAACACUGCUGGCAAAUCCUGAUUCUUUUUUUUUU